CGGGUUGGGACCACCUUCAAUACAGGCCGCCGGCGGUAUCAUGGCGACCCGGAACGCCCCUCCCCAAGAAUAUGAAAGUGAUGAUGACUCGUACGAAGUGUUGGAUUUAACUGAGUAUGCAAGAAGACACCACUGGUGGAAUCGAGUGUUUGGCCACAGUUCCGGACCUAUGGUAGAAAAAUACUCAGUAGCCACCCAGAUUGUAAUGGGUGGAGUGAGUGGCUGGUGUGCGGGAUUUUUGUUCCAGAAAGUUGGAAAACUUGCAGCAACUGCAGUAGGUGGUGGCUUUCUUCUCCUUCAGAUUGCCAGUCACAGUGGCUAUGUGCAGAUCGACUGGAAGAGAGUUGAAAAAGAUGUAAACAAAGCAAAAAGACAGAUUAAGAAACGAGCAAAUAAGGCAGCACCUGAAAUCAACAAUAUAAUAGAAGAAGCAACAGAAUUUGUCAAACAGAACAUUGUGAUAUCCAGUGGAUUUGUGGGAGGCUUUUUGCUAGGCCUUGCAUCUUAAGGAUAUGAAUGUUCUAUCACAGUGGAGUCACCUCUGAGAAGAGAAAUGGUGGUGACAAGAUGGUCUCAGCAUUACCCAUUGACAGAUUCUCCAGGAUGACAAGAAACAACUAGCUGGACAGUACCAAACUCACUGCUUAGCAUUUUGCCAUCUGAAAUUUGGCAGACUGGUAUCUGCUAUAAAACAAUCUAUAUGGUCUGUGUAUAAUAGUAUUCCUGAGCAAAACAUGGCUUUCAUUAUUUUUUAAAAACUUGCAUUUGUUUAAAAUUUGCCUAUAAAACACCACCGUUGGAUGUAGAUAUGGAGAGAGAAAAAAAUCUGUUGGCUGUAUUCCCCAGUGAAGUAUCAUCCUCAUUUUAUUUAAAUAAGAUGUUCUCCAUUGUG